CCCAUUCAUCCAAGAAUGGCGGCAAAGAUAAAUCAAAACACAGUUUUGUGUUUAUUUAUUUUCCUGACCAUCGCAGUGAUUGUCAUAAACUCAGCAAGAUUAAGCGAUCCUAAGAUUCUUUUGCCAUACCAUAGCUCUGUUAUUACUAAUUUCACUCUGAAAAUCAAUUUAUCGAGAGAAGAAGCCAGGCUUCCAGACAGUUGUUACACAUGGCAGUCCACUCAGCAGGAGGUGGCCACUAUUCAGCUCGUCAACAGCACGGAUGGAGAGUGUGCAUUCUCUGCUGUGAUCUCUGCAGUGUCCAAGUCACCCUACAGGAAAACAUCCAUGGUGCUUGCCGAGAAUAAAGUAACUGGAGAAGUACUCCGUUGCAUAGUGAUUGUGGAGGCAAUAUCCCGAUUUGAAAUUGAGACCACCACACGAUUGUUGUAUCUAGAAGACUCACCAGAAGAGCUUAUUAUUAAAGGAUAUGAUGAAGAAGGAAAUGUGUUUUCCACUUUGGCUGGAUUAGAGUUUGAGUGGAGUUUACUCCCAGACACAAGUACACAGCGAGAGGAGAUGGUGGAUAUUCUCAGAAUCACUAAGUUUACGGAGUCUCAUUAUGUCAUGCCGAAUCACAUUCAGCAGUUGGAAGCUAAGGGUCUACAGGGCGAUCUGAUUCUAGUGGAGGGAAUGAGAACAGGAAGUGCUCUUGUUAAAGCUCGCAUCAGAGAUGGAGCAUACAAGGAUGUGAAAUCACCAGUUGUGAAGUUGGUGGUGGUGGCCAACUUAAUUAUCACUCCUGCUGAGGCUUACAUACUAAAACAUGCCACAAUUAAAUAUGCCGUGAAGCUGAUCAAACAGAGCUCCAUGAUAGAGAUUUCCCUGCCUUCCUCCCAAUUUUUCCUGGAGGUACAGGAUGAUGGCGUUUGUAAUUUAGACGCCAAAACCUCCAUUGCAACAGGACAGGAAAUCGGCUCCACUGAAAUUGUGUUGACAGACAGAAAUCUGAAGCAGGAUGCCCUUGUCAAACCCAGUGCCAUGCUGUAUGUUGUGGCCCCCAGUUACCUGGGGUUUGUGGUCCUGCCGGACAGGAAGUGGGUCCUGGAGACUGAGAAAGAAUACAACAUUGUCAUAGAGCUGUAUGAUAAAAAUAGCCACAAAAUCUACCCGUCUGAUAAUGUUAUACUGAGGGCAUUGUUUCCUAAAGAAUAUUUUGAUGUGAGAUUCUCCACCAAGAAUGGAACUUAUCACCAUGUAUACACUCUGAAGCCGGGGAAAACUAGCAUUGAAGGCGUCCUGAAAGCCAUUGUACAAGAGGACGAUACAAAGAUAGAAGUUAACCCUGCUGUAAAAAGCUCGCGUUCUGUGGAGAUUUUUGAUCCAAUCAGAGUUAGACCUGAGACCCUUUAUUUUCCCUGGGACCCCCACUCACCCACAAGUCACCAGUAUAGAUUACAGGUAAAGGGAGGAAGCGGGGAGUAUGUCUGGAGCUCGUCUAAUGUGGAGACAACCACGGUCAGCGUCAGGGGGGAGAUAACGACAGGAAAGAGGGGAGAGGCCACCAUCACAGCUGCUGAUGCCAAGAACAGGAUUCACACCGGGUCAGCCAAGGUGUUUGUUUUGCCACCAGAAGACAUGAAAUUUGUCCCAAAGCAUGUGGAGGCAGAGGUGGGAUCCGAGUUAGAUAUGCCACUCUCUGUGUUUGGACGGCACCAAGGAAAACUAUUCCCUUUCAAUGAUUGUCGCAGAAUGAAGGUCAACAUUUCUUUCUCUGAUCCAACAGCCUUCCAACUGAACAGAGUUUCUUUGUCACUUCCUGAGGAGGGGUGCUGUUCAUUAAGACUGAAGGCAGUACAGCGAGGUCACACGGUCGUCCUCGCCAGUUACACAUCCCGGGGGAUAGAUCUGUCUGCCUCUGUCACCAUAGCAGCUUAUGAUCCACUCAUGCCUGUUGAUCCAGAGAAGGUUGCAGUGAUAGCUGUAGGAUCUAGGAAGGAACUGAUCUUUAAAGGGGGACCUCAGCCCUGGGUCAUAGACUCACUCAAGUACUUCCAAGAUUUGACCAGUACCAACUCAGCUGUUACAAAGGUCCAAAAAGUGAAAAUUCUUGGAAACAAUCGUGGUUUCCAUCAUUUUUAUGCGACGUGUGUUGACUUUGGGGAGCAGGUCAUGACCCUGAGAGUAGGUAACAAUAAGACAACGACCAAUCAAUAUCCGGCAGUCGCUGAGGCCUCAAUAAGGUUGAGUUGUUCUGAACCAGUGGGUUUACAGCUCCACCCAGAUCUGAAGUACCCUGAGAAUCUCCCUCCCUGUCCUGUAACAAGGGAGCAAGGCAUCGCAAUCCCAGUCCACUGUCAGCGGAAUUUAGACAUCCUCGUCACGGUCACCGACUCCUUCGGGAGGAAGUUUGACAAUUUCUCCUCCCUGGACUUUCAGUGGUCAGUGUCUGACCAGUCUCUGGCCACUCUGGACAAUUCUGUGGACAGCUCCAUACAGAUCUCUACCAUAUCCAGCAAGGAAGGCUUUAAUUAUGUCAAAUAUUACCGAGGCCUUGUACCUCAAGGUCGACCUGGAUUUGUUGUUAUCACGGCCUCCAUCAACUCUUACCUGGAGAGACACCUCAGAAUGGCGGGAUCUCCAAUAUCAACCAGAAUCCAUCCUAAGAUAAGCCGAUCCCUGGAGCUGAAGCUCGUAGAGGAAGUCAUUGUAAAACCAGACAUCAUCUCGCUGUUUAAUCACCCAUCUAACACGUACACUGUGGACAUACAGAAAGGUUCCGGAUUUUUCCAUGUAAUCCCUGAUCAAGCAGGGGUUGUGAAUCUAGACUAUACUGAUAAAACUAAACAAAUGCAGGUAGUUCCUGUGGCUGAUGGUUCUAUGAAGGUCACGGUGUAUGACCUUUGUGUUUACGUUCGACACCCUCCCACGGCCACCAUAUUCGUGUCAGGUGUAGGUAGUGUGGAACUUUCCGUGACAGAAAAGGUUGAAGUCAAUAAAGAAGCCAAGGUCAAGGUUAGAGUUAUGGAUGCCCACGGAAAACCCCUGCAGGCCAGCUUCUUUAGAUUAAUGGGGUUAAAAUUGAUUCCCACCUCUAAUAUUAUCACCAUCAGAAAAGACAAAGAUCAGAGAGAUGAACUCUUCACUGAGUACUACAUCAUGCAUGGAGCACAAGUUGGUCACACUUCACUGGUUGCUGAGGCUCAUCCCAGUCAUGCUGUAGUGAUCAAGAGUCUAUCAAGACCAGUAGAAGUUUUCCCACCACUCCAGUUAAUUCCUAGGAAUAUUACAAUGAUAAUUGGGGCCAAGUUUCAGGUACUCAGUAAAGGAGGCCCCACCCCCCAAUGUACAGUACUGUUCUCCAUCAAGGACAGUCGUAUUGCAGACGUGUCAAGCAGUGGUCUGCUGGAUGCCCAGAACCUCGGGACGACGAGGGUGUUAGGUCAGGCUGUGGGUCAGGACCCAGAGACAGGAGAAACUAUUAUAUACUCUCAGGAUGAAGUAACAGUGAAUGUAGUAGAGCUGUCUGGGAUCAGAAUUCACUCAGCUUUGUCCAGGAUGCAAACAGGGACCAAGAUGCCCCUGUAUGCAAUUGGUCUGUCAGAACAUGAGACCCCGUUCACUUUUGGCAGUGCCAUGCCCCCUCUGGUUUUCACAUGGUUCAUUAACAAUAAGGAUGUUAUACAGCUACAGAAUGUCUUCCAUAAGACUGGUCUGAAGUCCCCAGCAGAGAGUGACUUUGCUCGUCAACUGGUGGCCAUUUCAGCUGGACAAGUUACCGUCAAACUGACAGUUAGACCCCAUUUAACCUCUAGGUCACAGAUCAAAGGUCACAGAACACUGACAGAUGAGCUGCAGGUGGAGGUUUUUGAAAAGUUAGCAGUCAUAAGCCCAAAGGUCUGUGAUGGGAGAAUUCUGUUGACUCCAAACACAGAAGCUGUCAUCAAAACUAACAGGGAUGGCUCUGCUAAGAUGAGUUAUCAAGUGAUAUCCCUGGAGGAUCCAAGCCCUGUGACAGUGGGGGAGGGAGGAUUACUGUCCAGUGGUCCACUCACCGGACAGGUGGCGCUACACGUCACAUCUCAGGAGGAGUUUGGUACCAAUCAGACCCUGGUAUUACUAGUCAAGGUGAAACCUGUCUCUUACUUAAUGAUAAACUCUGACCUGUCCUUGAGCACAGCUGAAGGUUACAUCAAAAGCAUUCCUGUGGGGACAAUCUUAACCUUAACAAUAACUUACCAUGACAACGUAGGAGAACAAUUUUAUGCCACCAAUGUCCAGAUGAGAUAUCGCUGUAGCAGAUAUGACCUUGUUCACAUAAAACAUGGAUCUGAGAAUGACACAUUGGUUGUCAAGGCAGCAGAAAUCGGACAGACCAUACUCAAGGUUUGGGAUCAGAGGAACCCCUGGCUAGCUGACUACAUCAACAUCCCUGUAGACUAUGUCAUCACACCAUCCAAGGUCACAAUGACCCUGGGGACAGUCGUCUGCUUCAAAGCCCCCCUCGUCUCUACCACGGGUCAUUCUGGUGUCUGGCAGAGUAGAAAUAAAGUGAUUGAUGUAGACAAGAAUUCUGGGAUUGGAACAGCAGAUACGAUAGGCCAUCACCUGGUGGAGUAUACAUUGACACAGGACGUCACCACCUACACAGAGGUGACUGUCACACCCAUUGAUCAGCUGACUGUCGAUGACUCCUGGUCGUUUCUCACAAAUGUCAAGAAUCGCCUGACAGAGUACUUUAUCCAAGUGUCCUUGAACUCCAACUCAGAGGUUAUAGGGGAGAAUUGCACUGGUGAGAUUCAGGCUAGAAACUUUCAGUCUAGUUUUGUUCCUAUCACCUGUGAACUAGAGUUCUCUUCCACUGUCAAUGGUCUGACUAUUGCCGAUCUUUUCCAAGUGUCGGCUACAUUCAGCUCCAAGAAAGGAAAGUAUGGAUGUCUGUUGAAAAAGUUACACCCCGAGACAUUAGUUCAACAGAUUAGUACCAUGUCUAUUGACCUUCAGUUAUUUGUGCUGGUUCCCAGUUUGGAGAACCAGCCUGCAGUGAGGGCACCAGUCAAAAAGUACCAGUAUCUGCCUCCAUUUUAUGUCCACAACUCGGACGUGUCCUUGUCAACAGCAGCACCUCUCUCCUCCAUCAGAGUGUCCACCAUUCCAGAUCUGUCCUCAUGUAUACAGGCUGCAGUAAGUGAUGAGAGCAUUUUAGAGGUCAUGACCCCGGAGAAAGACAGCCAAUCGGGAAUUAUUUUGAUAUUUCCCAUAAGGCUUAUAGAGUCUGCAGCAUUGUGGGAUAGAGAGAAUGCUGAGAGUCAUGUGGAACUGUCCUGUAGAAAGACAGGUCAAAAGGUCAGACUCCCAGUAUCGGUCAGGCUGAUUGGACAACGACCUGAACAAUUUGGUUACAGAGGCCGUUCUGUUGGUUGGGGAGCUUUCUUCCUGAACAGCAUCAACAACAACCAGUCUCUCUUCUCCUACCUGUUCCUUAUCCUAGCCACCGCUGUAGCAGUUCUAGUAGGUUACCACUACGUGAUUGGACCUCGUUACAAGGCCGCGGCCAGCAGUAACCCAGCCUUCCUCAGACCCGGGGCCGCUGGAGCGGCCACACCCUCCUCACCGGUGUACCCCUCGCCACAAUUCUCACCCAGCCACUCCCCACCCCCAUACACAAGCUAUGCCUCCCCACUGACAAGUGCAAAAUCCCCGAUCUUGUGGUCCACAGAGUACCACCCUCAGGAUGGAAGCAGUCCCCGCCGGCGGUCCCCUUACAGUAGAUCUCCUGGUGUCUCUCCGUCCUUUGGUUCCAGACAAAGUCCAUUAUAACCAUUCCAAUAGUAGCCCAACAAAUUCCUAGGUUUUCUUAAUAAAUCUUCAUCAUCACCAUCAUCAUCACUGAAGUCAAAAUAUUUUUUCUUGUACGUCCAAACUUGAAUGUUUGAUGAUAAAUGCUUACAAUGAUAAAUGAGUGAUUGGUGACAUCGAAAUUUUACUGAGCAGGAUUUCAUGCUUGUAAAAUAUUAUUUCAUUAAGGGUCAAUGUUUCAGGAGUGUGUGUGAGGAAAAGAGACAGAGAAUUUUGUACCUUUUUGCAUAAUAGAAGUGUAACAGCAGGCCUGAGUGGCUAAAGACUAAAUGUAAGGGGUGAAAGAUUUUGUUUGUUUUGUGAGUUUUAGUGAUGAAUGUCAGUGACUGUGUGUUGUCAAUGAUUUACAACAUUUCUUGUCGUAUGUUUAUCUUUGUAUCUAUGGAUAUUUGCAAUGUGUUCAUGGUAUUAUGUAUACUUGAAUAAUUCUUAAGGUCUGUUUUGUUAAAUCAGAAGAUGUAAAAAUGUCUUUCCAAAAUGCAUAUCUAAAUACAUGUACAUGUAUGUGUAGAGAAAUAGUUGCAGUACUUUGAGAUUUUACUUUACUAAAUGUGAGGCUGAACUUUAAAAUUGUGUUAAUUUAUACCAAGCAUUUAAAAAACGUAUUAAUAAGUUAUAACUCACAAAUCAGGAGAGUGUCAAACACUAGUAUAUUUAUGAAUAACAGUCUUAUCACAAGUGUUCUUGAGUACAUUUGUAUGUAUAUUUAAAUGCUUAAACAUGUUGAAGAAUUCAAAUUUAAAAUGUCGUGAGAUAAUGUUAUACAUGUAUUGGAUAAACAGACUCUUGAUAGCUCAGUCUUUGAAGUUCUUGAUUUCUUAAUCCUAUUCUGUACUUGAAUUAAGGGUCCUUCACACAUGUUCUACUCUUACUGAGUAUUACUUUUAACAAACAUAUCAACCUUUAAAUAAUGCAUCAUUUGAAAUAGUUGUGUUUAAAAAUUAUUCAUAAAUAUUAAGAAUUUUUUUCCAUCCAGUUUUGAAAAGUAGUGCAGUAAGUGUUCUUUUAAUCGGAAUAAGCUCAUAAAACAUUAUCAUCAACUUAAUUUU